CGGCGCGACCGGCGCUCGGAGGCGCCGGCCGUCGUCGCGAGCUCGCCAAGGCCCCCGGCGACGUGCGCGCCGCUGCAGUCGCCGCCGACGACACCGACGUCGCCUGGCGCCGACGCGCUGCUGCCGCCACGCGUGCCCUGGUCGCCUAUGGACGAGGUCGACGCCAUCCUCGGCAACGCCGCCACGUCGAUACAGGACAAGAUCCUCGCGAUCAACCGCCUCCCUCUUCGUCGGCCGUUGAAAAUGGCGGGCAUCGUGGCCGCGUCGAUGCGCGAGACCGAGCUUCCGCGUGCGCGUAUUGCACACGCGUGCGACGCCCUGAACGAGGCCCACUCGUUAGACGACGACGUCUACGGCCUUACAGCGCUCGCGGCAACCCCCUCGGACUCAGAAUGCAACGACGAGGACGACCAGGAGCGCGUCGAGACGCUCGUUGAAGACGACGCGGCGCCCGACCGCGUCAGCCCGGCGAUGGCAGCCCGCGCCGCGCGCUUUGCUCUCUGCACGUGCUCCAGCCUCGCUGCGGCCGCACGGUGGGCAAUGAGCUGCUGGAAUAGGCCUUCGCCGGGCGAGGAAGGACUCGACGACGACGACGACGACGCGCCGUUCUCUGGGGGGUGUUUCGGGAGGAUCUGUCUCAAGCACGAUGAGUUCCUGGGCGGCAUGCCGCCCGCAGACGACGUGGGCUCGGACACACCCCCCUAUUUAUGUACCCUGCUCUACCCAUUGCCCACGCGCCCCCUCGGAAUCGAUGAAAUGCCGGCGUACGUUAUUCAGUACGGUCCGGGACACUACUACGAAGGAAAGCAUGCAAUCAAAGUUAAAGUAUAUAAAAAAGGCUGGCACCGCUGCGGUAAAUACGACUACAAGACAUACAUCGGUGAGUACGACACCUGGAAAGAUGCGGUCAGGGACAUGCGUCGACGAAGACAGGAAUUAGAAAAGGAGACACGCAGCGAGACCCGGGCCCCGACGGCGACUGUUCCUCCACGAAGUACAUCGAAACGUAAACAAAUUGACUGGGACAAGGUUAUCCGCGCCGAAGCUAUUGCCGAAACGCAGCGCCGCGCGCUGGUGCAAGGACCAGAUGCUCAUGCUGACAGCGACGACGGGUUUGAACCUCUUGCCUCCCCGGCCGACGACGACGACGACGAGGACACGCCAUGGGAGCCGGGGCUGUCCCAACGACUGCGGCCGCGCCAACCAGCAAACAAUCAUUCUGAACCACAAGUUUACGAAGAUCCUCCAACGGCCGAGAGGACAUCUCUACGGGGAGACGCACUACUACCUCACUUGGAGAAAUUUACCACUCAUGGCUUGAAUAGAAAUAUAGUACACUUCGCAUAUGCCCGUUUUUUCGGUAAAAAUAUCGAGAACGAAAUAAAAGAAGAGACCGCGCGAAAGUUCGAGAAUACGGUGCAGUCUGUGCGCCUUACUCCGCAAGGUGACGUGGAAAUAAAGGACGUCAUGGAGGCGUGUCGCGGUGCGCGGGAAGUGGGCGAAGAGAAACUACAAGAGGCGGUCUCGAAGAUCAAACACUUGGAAGGGCAUAUCUGCGUGCUAUACGUUUUCGGCUCGGCGCGAAAAUCUAGCAACUUGAAGGACGACACGUGGGCGUAUAAAGGGAAAGGGUGGGUGGUCCCUAUCCGUGUAGAAAUCAAAUUGUCGCGGCGCGUCUCCAACACUGCUGAACAUGGCCUCCACGCCAUCGACGCGACGCCUGCUCGAUGGCGUGGCGAUGUGGUGCUGAAUCGUGACCUCCACGCCGUCGACGCGACGCCCGCUCGACGGCGUGGCGAUGUGGUCCAUCGCCGCUCAUUUCCAGCCAACACGGCCGUCAUCGCCGAGAUAUGACUUCUCGAAGAAUUACCGGGUGCACCCGACGCACUGGUUGAUUUCCACACAGGUGCCCAUCGACGAGAUUCUCGUCCUGCAGCGCCCGGUACGCGAAGUGGUGUCCGAUGCCGCCAGCUCGCAGCGAAAUAGGAUUGUGAUGGUCCAGAAGAAUUUCGGAUCUUACCCGCUGGAUCACAAAGGCGUCACGAAGACCGAAGGCAGACCCUAUGAGUACAAGACGCGGGAGCUCGUCGUGGCCGCGCUCAGGGACACCCUGAAGAGCGGCGGCACGCUGAAGCCGCCUGCCGAGCUGGCCAACGAAGCGCGGAUGCCUGCCGCCUGGAAGAAGCCCCCCAAGAAGAAGAAGAAGAAGAAGAAGAAGAAGAAGGCUCCCAAGAAAGCGAAACCGAAGAAGGCGGUGAACAAAAUGAGUCCCAAGACACGGCCGGCACAGCGGAAGGCCGCGAAGAAAGCAGAGGAGGCCCUGGACGAAGCACGAGCAGAACGGCGCGCUCAGGAUGAAUUGAUUGACGAGGACCGACCGCGCCGCGACGUCGUCCUGAGCGACUUCCCGGCGGACUACUGCGCACAGCUCGUCGCUGCCCGCGUCCUUAUCCGCAGAUGCCUUCGGUGCUGUGAUGUGGGCGUCCGCGCAGGCGACCCUUAAGCUGAGCCUCCGCAAGUGGGGCGUAAGCGACGAACGGGUUGAAGAAGCCAACCUCCGUGUGCACCGCCAUAGUCAGAGAAAGACGCCAACCGGGCGAGAUCAUAUCGAUUGGUAUUAUGAAGCAGACGGCGAGAUCUUCAAAUCUCAAGCUGCCGUGGGGAGGAAAUUGGACGGGAACGUGCCGAACCACGGCCGGAGCGGCCACGGUGGCCGCACGCUCGAGGAUUUGGAACAAGAGCAGAUCGGAGUGUCGCUCCGCGGGAACAGGAUCGUCGACGCCGGGACUAUGCCGAGGGCGUCGUCCAAAGGCGUCGGUAUCGUCGAAUGCUGUGGUGGUGGCGGUGUCCAAGGCGCCGCGCUGGCAUUGGCCCUCGGAUGCCACGUGUGCAUGUGCUUCGACAAGCAGGCGGGCAAGAUCAAGCUCGCUCUCGCCAAUUUCGGCAAGGGGCGGGCGCGUGCCGAGAAGGUGGACGGCGACAGCUUCCGCCGGUUCCUUAGGAACAACCCGCAGGCCGAAAUCAUUGCUCUCGAACCUCCUUGCCAGCCGUGGAUUCCUGUCACAGGCGACGGCGACAAGUGCGAUGACGUCUUACUCGGUGUGAUCAUUCGACGGCGCCUUCUUACUUGAGGACAUCUGUGACAGGACGUGGGCAAGCAGAGCGUCACCGCCCGAGCGGACGGAGAACGCGCGUCUCCAUACGAAAACGAUUCGAUCUGCGCCCAGGCCCUCGUGUCAGAAGAGUUGAUCGAAGCCGCGCUCGAGUCGGACAGGAAAGUCAUCAUUGUUGAAAACUCUAAGAACGCGUUUAAUGGCGAGUUGUACACGAGGCUCUUCAAGAUGGCCGUGGACUUGGGCUACGUCGUAUUGUUGGUGGAGCUCGACGCCCGCGACGUCGCCGACGCCAGUCCUGUUUUUUACAUGAAGACGCAAUGUCAGGCCAUCUUUCUCAAAGUCGGCGACGGCGACGCAAAGGAUAUCGAAAGCGAGGUUGUGCGUGCGCAGCGGCGUGACUGAGUAGUGCCUUCGACCGUGGACGACUGCGCGCGCCGCUGGCCGGGUGGGGACAAACAUCCCUCGAACACAGGUUUGUGCGAGCGACGCCCGCGAUUCACGAGGUGGGAGGCGACGUUGAGGGAUGCUGGUAUAGACGGGCCGAGUAUUAUGUGGUACAACGAUCGACAUGAAAGAGGAGAAAGGGGGUAUAAGAACGGCACGAGCGUCAUCAUUCCUGUGGACAAACCGCUCGUCUCCUCGUUCAGUACUGGCAAACUCAAGGGUGGACUGCGAACAUUUUGUCGUGGACCAGUGAAUUCGGCGCUGCAACGUGCCGGAACCGGCGUGGGGGAGGACCUCGUAGCGUUGGCCAAGGCCCACGACGGUUAUAUGCGGGAUAGUGACUUCGGUUCUGAGGAGCUGCGCGUCCUGGAUCCGAGCACCGGAACCAUGCUGGUCCGCACGCCGACGAUCAUGGAGAUACUCGAUCUGAUGGGGCUGCGCAACUAUAAGCUUCCGUCGGACACUACCAUCUCAGAACUGAUGGAGUUGCUCGGCGAGAUGCAUACCAUGGACGUGGUGAUUGAGUUCUAUCGCCACAUGGCACCGGCCAUCAAUGCAGCCCUCGCGCGUCGUCCGGCGCCGAGUGGGCAAGAGGUUCCUAGAGGUGCCAUAGUGGACAUGCGAUCGCAGCGCGGCGCGCCGCGACCGGACGCCGCGAAGAAGCGAAAGCGGGCCCAGUUGAAGAGAAAGAAGGCUGUAGGGUCGGAGGAGUGCGAGAGGAGGAGAAGUCCGAGGAGCGGUCCGAGGAGGAGUCCGAGAGUAGGUAAUGUGAGUGAAUAAUUUCCAGACUUGUUUAU